UUUCAAUGCCUCCAACCCUUCUCUCUUUUGGACGCUGCAAUAUAAAAAACCCUCAAAAGCAGUUGCUAUCUGUUUUCUCUUCAUUCCCAUUUCUGCCGCCAUCUUUCCAGAUUAGGGUUAGGGUUUUGGCCCAAAAGAGCUUCUUUUCGUCCUCCUCUAUCUCUCGGUGGUCCGCGGCGAUGGCAAGUGACGGACUACAGGAGGUAGUGUGGCCCGCGAGCAGAGUGCGGGACACGUUCAUCAGCUUCUUCGAAGGGAAGGGCCACGUCAAUUGGAGCUCCAGCCCUGUCGUGCCGGUGAACGAUCCCACGCUGCUUUUCGCCAAUGCCGGAAUGAACCAGUUCAAGCCAAUCUUCUUAGGAACUGUUGAUCCCAAUACUCCCUUAAGUAAAUUCAGUCGUGUUUGUAACACCCAAAAGUGCAUUCGUGCUGGGGGGAAACACAAUGAUCUUGAUGACGUAGGGAAAGACACCUAUCAUCAUACCUUCUUCGAAAUGCUUGGAAACUGGUCGUUUGGAGAUUAUUUCAAAAAGGAAGCCAUUGGAUGGGCAUGGGAGCUUCUCACGCAGGUUUAUAAACUACCUGCUGACCGCUUUUAUGCCACCUACUUUGGGGGUGAUGAGAAGUCUGGCCUUGCUGCUGAUAAUGAAGCGAGGGACAUAUGGCUGAAAUAUUUGCCUGCGGAACGUGUGCUGCCUUUUGGUUGUAAAGACAACUUCUGGGAGAUGGGUGAUACUGGUCCAUGUGGGCCUUGUACUGAAAUCCAUUAUGAUAGGAUUGGUAACCGGGAUGCUGCUGCUUUGGUUAAUAAUGACGAUCCUACAUGCAUUGAGAUAUGGAACCUUGUGUUUAUUCAGUUCAAUAGGGAAAGUGAUGGCUCUUUAAAACCUUUACCUGCAAAACAUGUUGACACAGGAAUGGGUUUCGAACGCUUAACUUCGGUUCUUCAAAAGAAAAUGAGCAAUUAUGACACUGAUGUAUUCUUGCCCAUAUUUGAUGCUAUCCAGCAGGCAACAGGGGCCCAACCUUACUCUGGGAAAGUUGGAGUAGAUGAUGUAGACAAAGUUGACAUGGCUUAUAGGGUUGUCGCUGACCACAUUAGAACUCUUUCAUUCGCCAUUGCUGAUGGUUCUCGUCCAGGUAAUGAGGGUCGUGAAUAUGUUCUGCGGCGAAUUCUUCGGCGUGCUGUUCGAUAUGGAAGAGAAGUCCUGAAAGCUGAAGAAGGUUUUUUCAGUGGGCUGGUAAGUGUUGUUGUGAAUGUGUUGGGGGAUACAUUUCCAGAGCUGAGGCAAGGUGAAGCGAACAUAAGAAACAUCAUUGCAGAGGAGGAAACGAGUUUUGGAAAGACACUGGUUAAGGGAAUUGAGAAGUUCAAGAAGGCUGCUCAGGAGGUUCAGGGGAACAUAUUCGGUGGACAGGAUGCAUUUGUUUUGUGGGACACUUAUGGGUUCCCUGUAGAUUUGACCCAGCUAAUGGCAGCAGAAAAAGGUUUGACAGUUGAUAUGGAAGGUUUCAACAAGGCCAUGGAUGAAGCCAGGGAAAAGUCUAGGAACGCAUCUAAUAAGCAAGUUGGUGAUUCCAUAGUGAUGGAUGCUGAUGCAACCUCAGAACUGCAUAAGAGGGGGGUGGCUGCAACUGAUGACAGCAGCAAGUUCAAAUGGUAUCGGGAUCACGAGUGUUCAGUAAAAGCUAUAUACAAUGGAGCUGAAUUCUUAGAGAAGGCCUCCGCCGGUGAUGAAGUCGGUGUGGUGUUGGACAGUACAAGCUUCUAUGCUGAACAAGGUGGUCAGAUUUACGAUACUGGAUCUCUUGAAGGCUCCUUUGGAUCAUUUAAGGUCAGUAAUGUCCAAAUUUAUGGAGGCUUUAUACUCCACAUUGGCUCUUUUGGUGGGGAGACUGGCAAGUUUUCUGUUGGUGAUAAAGUAAUCUGCAAGGUUGACUAUGACAGGCGUACUCUCAUUGCCCCGAACCAUACUUGCACCCACAUGCUAAACUUUGCUCUCAGGGAAGUGCUUGGGGAUCAUGUUGACCAGAAGGGAUCCAUUGUACUUCCUGAAAAAUUACGAUUUGAUUUCUCGCAUGGCAAGCCUAUUCACCCUAACGAUUUGAGAAGAAUUGAGUCGAUUGUGAACGAUCAGAUUAGAGAUGAAUUAGACGUGUUUGCGAGUGAGACAAGCCUUGUUGAUGCCAAGCGUAUAGCUGGUUUACGAGCUGUCUUUGGAGAAGUCUAUCCUGACCCAGUCAGGGUUGUGUCGAUUGGUCGGAGUGUGGAGGACCUCCUGGCUAAUCCUGAAAACAGAGAAUGGUUUUCAAUUUCAACAGAACUCUGUGGAGGAACCCAUAUAUCAAAUACAAGAGAAGCCAAAGCAUUUGCCCUUUUAUCUGAGGAAGGAAUUGCUAAGGGCAUCCGUAGAAUAACAGCCGUUACAACUGAAUGUGCUUUCAAGGCAUUGGAAACAGCCCAGUCUCUUGAGCGGGAAAUAAAUGAGGCGUAUAAUGCAGAAGGAAGAUUGCUGGCCCAGAUAGUAGCUUCUCUGAAAAGUCGUGUAGAUGCUGCAGCAAUUCCAGCAGCUAUGAAAGCAGAUCUCAGAACAAAGAUCUCCCAACUGGAUGGUGAAGUUAGAAAGGCACAAAAGAAGAUUGGGGAAGAAAAUAUUCAGAAAGCAGUGAAGGCAGCAGUUGAAGUUGCAGAGACUGCGUCUUCAGAAGGUAAAUUGUUCUGCAUCACUCAUGUCGACGUGGGUGUGGACGCAACUGCAAUCCGUGAAGCAGUUCUUAAGGUCUUGGAGCAGAAGGGAAUAUCAGUAAUGGUGUUUAGUACAGAUGAGGCCACAAACAAGGCCGUCGUGUGUGCUGGGGUACCUGCUGAAGUAGAAAAGAAUGGGCUGGCAGCAUCGAAGUGGUUGACAGCAGCUGUUGAACCACUCAAGGGGAAGGGCGGAGGAAAAGCAGGUCUUGCUCAGGGCCAGGGGAGCGAUGCAUCACGGGUCCAAGAGGCAAUGGAUGUGGCAACAAGAUUUGCAUCUAUGAAGUUGAGGUAAUAACAAAUAAUGAGUGUCGCCAUCCACAGAAGCAAUUCGAGUACCUCACUGGUGGUGUUUACUUCAUUGUUUUGGUCUCCUGAUUGGAGACUGAAUGGAAUUACGAUUUGUUGUUUUGGUGAAUUUACAGAAGUUAUUUAAAAGUAUUGUUAAAUAUGAGACAGUUAAAAAAAAAAAAAACUAGAUGCGCAUACAUGAAAUGAAAUUUUGUUAUGGUAUUUGACCCGUGUUAUAACAAAUUCGAAAUUCAAACUCUC